AUGAGCACAAUCAACAAGAAGUCUAGGGCCAAGCACGCGUGCAAAGAAUGCAACCUCCGAAGAGUUCGUUGUGACGUGAUGCAGAGGCAUCCAUGUAGCAAUUGCCAGUCAGCCCAGGAGACAUGUGUCAUUCUGCCUUCGCGCAGGGGACGAUAUCCGCGUAAACCUCGUCACUCGAGUGUGAAAGAUGGCUCGAGGUCAUCUGAAGGUGUGGACUCUCUUGGGGAGCCGAGCAAAAGCCCGGCAUCAUCAAGAAGACAGGCAGCCUCACCGGGCGGCUUCGACACUGCGGUAGUGCCUGCUGCAUCCAGUGUGGUGGCGGGCAAGUCGGUUGCGGCCUCCUCUGGCGGCAGCAAUUUAUUCUUUGGGGAGUCAAACUUCCUCACCCUGGUUCCAUCCAAACGUGCGGGUGUUCCCGAUGCCGAAGGGCCUCCAAACAGCCGCAUGUCGUUCUCUAUAAAGGCUGCCUCAACACCCCAGUCACACAGCGAUGCCUCUCCUUCGACAAACGUCAUCCACCUCAGCCAGGGCACCGAGAGAUACCUAAGGGAAGAGGGUGCGCUCACGUUCCCAAGUCUUCAGACAUGUCUGCCUGUCGUACAAGCCUACUUUCAGUGGUUUCACCCGUGCUUCCCGUUACUGGACCGCCCAAGGAUAGCCAGGCAGCUGGUGUCCAUGGACAUCUCACCCCUCCUCUUUCAGGCCAUGCUCUUUAUCGGCGCUACCUACUGUGAUGAUGGCGCUAUCGUCUCCAUGGGGUUUCGGGAUCGCUCAGAGGCGAAGUCGUUGCUUUACACCCGAGCCCGACUACUGUUCCAUGCAGAUUGGGAAAAGGACCAGAUCACACUCAUUCAGAGUCUCUUCUUGAUGAGUUUCUGGCGUGGCGAGUCUUCGGACGUACGGGACGUCCGAUACUGGCUCGGUGCAGCGAUAACUCUAUCCGAGACCUGUGGUCUCCACCGAUCCACAAAGCUGACCACUCGAGACCUCCAGGUUGCCAGGAUACGCAGAAGGAUUUGGUGGUCCAUCUACACGCGCGAGAGACAAUCAGCCGCAUCUUUAGGUCUACCCAUGAGGAUCAGGGACCAGGACUGCGAUAUCGAGCUUCUGACGGUGGAGGACCUGGAUAACGACGUCGAUGACAGCCCGCUCACGGCUCUAGGAUCUCCCGCCCCCGAGCAUCUCAUCUACCCUAUCAAGAUGGUCGACCUCGCGAGGCUGCUUGGUAACAUUAUAGACAUCCAUUUCAUACCUGGGAAGACACCAACUGCGCAGGAAGAGAUCGUGCAGCUACAGUCUGCACUCGAAGGUUGGAAGGACACCUUGCCACUUAGCCUGCAGAGGAUAUCAGACGAGGACAGCCCGUCUGUAUGGAUGUGUCUGCUUCAUCUGGCCUACAAUCAUCUAAGAGUAUUGAUAUAUCGGAGCGGCUUCUUGCGCAAACUUGAAAAUGACACCAAGGCUGCACUCGGUGCUGCAAAUCAGAUCAGUCGCAUCGCAGAAGACAUGCUGGAACGCAAGACUCUUCAGUACGGCCAAAUGCACUUGAUCACCAGCCUCUUUGCUGCACUGUGCAUUCAUGCCAUCAACCUAAAAACCGCAGACGGGAUCGGGAGGAGACUAGCAGAGAACAGGGCUCAGAUUUGCCUCCUCGGGCUGAAGGAAGUCCAAAAGUUCUGGCGCAUCAACAACACGGUCCUGGAUCUUUUCCUUCAGUAUCUUGACGAGUCCAUCGCAAAGCGUCUCAGGGGCGACGGCGACACCAGCCGGGACGGCGGGACCUCGGCCAUCAUUUCCAGGGAGGGGAGCAGUGCCGGCCUCAUGAACUCCGAUCUACCAGGCCAGGAAAUACCGACCGGGGUGCCUGAUACAGACUCGUUCGAGGACCAUUACUUCAACCUUCUGCAGACAAAUUGGGAGGGAGAUAAUGCCAUCGACGAUCUUGGCUUCAUCCUAGGCACCUCGAUCCAGACACAGUCUCCUGGAGGACCAAUGCAGGUCAAUGGGCUGAACUUCCUAGAGAGGUGGCUGUGA